AGCUUUGAGUCAGAGUUGCAUUUGUCCUCAGUGACAGCCGCAGCAGUUAGAGGAAGUGUUACACAGAGCACAGCUCUCACUCUGACUUUCUGGGCAGCACAAGUUUUUAUACAUGUGCCAUAUGAUGUAGCCCAUUAAUAUUCUCACAAGGAUGAAAGCAGUCACAAUGGUGAUUAUUUCCUUUUACCUCAUUAUGUAAGGACCAAGCUACAACAUGGCAUCCUGGAGAAAUUCUACCAGUCUUAAUAUUAUGGAUUCAGCAGCUGAAUAUGCUGCAAUUGAAUCUGAAGUCUACCGUAGCCUGCUAACCAUUAUGAGAGAAAUGGACACUGAGCAACCAGUUGUCAACAAAGGAAUGCUGAGAUGGACAUUACAUAAGAAAGUGCAGACCAGUUCUCUCAGGAGUCUGGCUCUCGUGAGGGUGGCCAUCAAGGAACUAGAAAGAGCUGAAAGAAUUGACUCCAAGAAACAUCUCAUUCCUCUGAUUAAUACACUCAUCUAUGCUGUGAUGCAGACAGUAUACAUCCCUGAUGACCUCUAUAAAAGAGUUUAUGACUUCUGCAAGAGGUUGUUGACUCUGCCUCAGCCGUACUGUACUGUGGGCCUCAGUUAUGCUGGGCAAAUGAAAGCAGAACGACUGGCUCCAGGGCUUUUGUAUCAGAAAAGAAUACUUGCAGAGCACAAUCUAAAAAAUGAACACUAUCCUCAGCAGGAGAGGGUGUUUGUGUUUGCGGAUCCUGCAGUGUUUUCCGAGUCUCUCAGCAAUGUUUUGAAGGCUGACAUUGAGGCUCAAGGAAUGUUCCGGAACCCGUUGAGCAUGAUGCGCUGUGUAGUGCAGCACAGUAUUCAGGCAAUACUGGGAGAGGAUUGUCACGGACCCUCUCUAAAUGCUGCGCUGCAGGAUUUGGACCAGGACGUGGAGUCAUACUUCAAUGAAGUGCUUGCAACAGUAGAACAGAGCACAGAUGGGAACAGAGGUGAACAGGGUCAGAUCAGACAGAAACUACAAGGGUUAUACUCACAGAUCCUCUGUGACACCAACAAAGGUCUAUUGUCCAAAGGUUCCUUGUGCGAUGUUCCACUUCCCAAUCCGGAGAUGAGUUUCCAUCUGUGGUGGGAGGAGGAGGAGAUCUGGAGAGAACUGGCCAAAUUCAUCCGUUCCGGAUCCUACAGUGAAAACUCUCUCAGCCCAGAUGACUUUUACAUGUCAGACCUCCACACAGAGCUCAACUCAGAGAUGCCACGGCACUCUGUCAUGUCGACGGACAGCGGUAUAGAACGUGACUUGCAGGGAAUCGAGACUUGUGACAUGGACUUUCCUGUAGGAAAAAGCUUAAAGUCCGAACAUACCAGUGGGCGACUCUCACGACGCGGAGGAAUCAAGGUGAAGCCGUCGGUCACUGACAGCAUGGCUCUGAUGCAAGAUGCACUGGAGGAGACGGGCACAGCUGGCAGCAGUGGCACACUGCAGAGGAGAGCAGGAAACAGUGGGACCACCCUGCUCAAGGAAGAACGGGACUACACUGCUAAAAUAGUGGUGAUGGGAGAUGAUCGGGCAGUGGGAAGGCUAGCCAGAGCGUACUACUGGUUUAGGAAACGGGAAGCCAGAAGACGGUUUCUUACUACGAAAAUCAACCUACAGAUGUACUACAUCCCUGUUGCUCGGCAUUCGUCUGCAUCCUCCCCUGUGAAGGAGACGGUGACCUCUUCAAGCAGUAACUUCUGUGCUCUUGGCUCUUAUCUUGGAAUGGUGGAUCCGUGGUACGAAUGCAAUGUCUGUAGUCUUGGACAGAUGAUUCCUGAUCUUGCGAGAACGUCCAACAGUGGCAAACCACAAGAGUCUGACCUUUUCUUAGCUGACAUCAUCUCAUACUAUGUGCGCAUGGGACAGCAGCCAGUGUACUUCAACAUUUACUACAUCAAGAUUUACUUUUACAACAAUUCCAAAGAAGCUGUGGAAGAAGUUUUUGUCACAGACCUGGAAGUGGAUUUUCCAGACUUCAAAAUGGCCCAAGUAGCACCAAAAGACACUGGCAAACACAAGAAGAUGCCUGCCGAGCUUUGUGGGGCCCUGAUCUCCUUUAGCUACUUAAAAGUGUCUCUAAGCAAUAGGGAGGUUGAAAAAGGGUUCUCACUCAGAACCACUGGUGCCCAGAUUUCAGCAAUACCAGAAAACAAAACUGAAGAUCUCAACUGUCUCAUGGUCACUUUCAAAGACACAAAGCCAAAGAUUAACACGGAGACAAAGAUCAGAACAUGCAAUUUUAAAUUGAAGACACCAGACAAAUCAACUUUCACGGUGCGUUUGGACAAAGACUUUCGAAGGAAAUUUAUGAACGUUGAAAGCAUUGAGGUCUGUCCAUGUCGAGACCCUGGAUAUUAUAUUCAAAAAUCCUUAAAGUCAAAGUUCAUGGCAGAAGAUGACGGCGAUGCUGGACUGAGCAAAUACAUGAGCAAAGGAUUGCCUUUGCCUAUUAACACAUUUGCGGGGAUAAUCGACUAAAUGAACAAAGAUCAGGAUAGAGAGCUUGCUGUCAACAUAAAGGCCAGUUCUGGACUCUUGCAAUAUGUGUGUUGUGUUUUAAACAAUGCACUGUUCAGUAGUGUCUGUAUGUGAUCAAAUGAUCAGCUAAGACACUUGACCAAGCAGGUUUUACUGCAUUAUAUACUUUCAUUUGUGAAUCACAAGUUGAUCAAUCCAGGAAGUAUUUUAAUCUGUAACACAGCUAACUCACUAACACUAAUCCACUCAUGGUAUUGAGUUUCUCAAAGACUUACAAUUUACUUGAACUUGUUUUACCUUGUUCUCUGCUUUAACAAUCAACCUCUUCCUUAAUACGUAAAAAUGAAGUGCAUGUGAAAAGACUGAAUUGUCCACACAAGUCUUGGCAAGACUUUCAUCAUGAUUUUCCACCAGAAAAAUAAUGGUUUAUUACAAAUGCAGGAAUAAUAGUUUGUCUGCACACCGUAUGCCAUUUCACCAAGUGUUUCAGAGAAACUGACAUUAUCUUAAUCGACCCUAUGAUUUGCACUUCUUUGAUACAUAUUUGAUAAACAUAUACAUGUUUACAUUUGGAGUGUUUCAUGAGAAUGACAUCAAAAAUAUUAUGUUUAAAAUUAAAAAGCAUAAUGGAUAUCAGUUUUUCUUACUGUCUAUGGGACUGAUGUGUUGAAAGGUUGUGUUGUGCAUUAAGCUGGUCAUGAGUGAAAGUCUUUCUUUCUCAACAAAAAGUCAUGAAAGUCCUUUCUUUCUCAACAAUUGUAAUGGUGCAAAAUAGUAUUCCUCACAUGAUUCUCUGUACAGUAUUUGUUUUUUGUUUUUUUGUUUUCCCAUUCUUAUAGUUUCCAUUUCUUUUGAGGAACAAAUGUAUAAUCUCAAUAAUAGAACUAGCCAACCUAAUUGAGCUCUAUUUCCUUUAUCUUAUGGCAUUCAUUCAUGCCAAAAUUUUGCACAGUUGUUGAUUUGACCUCUGGUUUUGUAAAUAUUAUUUGAUUUUGUAAAAUGUUAUGUUAAAAAUAAAUUUAGCAUUUUCAAAUUA